CAAAGAUCCCCGAGAGAAGAAAUCUGAGAGUUUUACUCACCCUGAGAGGUUUUCAAAGGCGGAAUCUUCACAAAACUCCAGGGAUCCUCCUCUAGACUGGUGACGCAUCUGCAUAAAGGGACACAUAAUGACAGAUGUGCUGAUGGCAGGGGAUGAACUACUGGACAUGUGGACUAGAGAAGACACAGAAAAAGACUCCUGCUUGGAUCGAGAACUGGAAUCUCAGCCACGCAAGAAAAUAGCCCACUCGAUCGAAGAAAUCCUGAGAAGGCCCACGUGUGUCAAAAGAGAGAGUCGAGUUCAUCGGAACUGGUCUGUGAUCAGAGAAAACAGACAAAUAUCAGACCAGCACUCAUGUACAGAAACUCCACAGAUUAGACUCCUUGAAGAGUCUCCAAAAAUCACCACAGACUGCAAGAGUCAAAGGAAGAAGAGGCAAACCAGGAUCACGUUCACUCCGUUCCAGGUGCAGGAGAUGGAGAAGGUUUUCCAGCAGACUCACUACCCCGACAUCAACGCCAGAGACCAGCUAGCCUCCCGCCUGCAGCUCACCGAGGGCAGAAUACAGAUCUGGUUCCAGAACCGCAGAGCCAAAUGGAGGAAGGCUGAAACACUGAAGGACGUUGAGACGGUGAGCAGACAGCAGGUACAUUCAGCCAGCCAACGCCUGCUUUAUUAUGAGGUAACAGGAGACGGAUCCAUUCUGCUAACAGCACAGAUAUUUCUCCACCUAUUUUAUCCAUAAAGAGCAUUUUCUUUAAUGCCUAAUUGUACUGUCUGCUGUCCCAGAAGCCCCCCUGCAGACGGUGUGCUGGCUGCCCUGCUGCCUUCCUAAACCUCUCCAUUCCAAGCUGUACUUCAGAUCAACGUCCACGCCGGCCGUUCUGACACAUUUCCCAGUUCACAGGACUCUCUAUUUUGACAUGCUGGGGACGGAACGAUAGCACCUUCAGUUUUCUUACAAAUCCUUCCAUUUAAGUCUUUUUUUUAAAAUUAAAUCUGGUGCAAAGUGUCUGAAAAUGCAGAAAAUGAAGACAGAAUUUGCUCUGUGAAAUGAUUUCAUUGUGAAAAUGUGUUCUGAUGUCCCAAUAGAAUGAGUUCUUUUUCCAUUUACAAAUAAAGCUGCCUGUUAAAAGCC